AUGGGCUUUUCGUGGACUCACGUACUAGUGCCGCUUUGUUUAGCGGUUAUAUUUGUGACUUUUGCUGUCAACGAACAACUUCCGGCAAUGCCUCUGCUCGCUGCGGUGUGCGCCCUGUCUCUGUCCGGGAUGGCACUGAUUUGGAGAGACAUUAGCUCCAGGGUGAGGCGUAAAAACAGGACGGUGAGCAGCCUUUUGGGCCAGUAUGCAGCCAUGAAGGUUGUGGGCUGGUUGGGAAGGCGGCAGAGGAGGAAACUUGAAGCAGACACGCUGAAUGUGAAGCAAGUUCAGGAGGAGACUUUGCUCAAGCGACUGCGUAAAAACGCAGACACAAGUUAUGGAAGACGGUACGACUUCAUCUCUAUUACAAAUGCUGAUGAUUUCCGAGCUCGCCACCCGCUUACCUCAUAUGAGCACUAUUCAGAGCUCAUCAGACGUGUUGCAGCUGGAGAAGAGAAGGUGAUUAUUGCUGAGAAGCCGCUGAUUCUGGCCAUGACCUCUGGGACGUCCGGAUCCAGCUGCAUGCUGCUCAGCACCAAAGAUACCAACACUGAGUUCUUCAUGCAGGGUGUGACUGUUUGUUUAGACGCCAUGCGACAGGCCUUCCCUGAGACGGACAGCCUUCAGCGCACCACCAAAUUCUUCUACAACCCCACGUUUCGUCAGUCUGAAGCGGGAAUCCCCAUCGGACCAAACUCAUCCACGCCAGCCUCGUCCCGCCACACACUUAACCUCUACACGACUCCAGCUCCUGCCUUUGAGGUUCCCAGUGAGAAGGACGCCCUAUACCUGCACCUCCUGUUUGCGCUGAAAGAUCCAAGUGUGGGAACGCUGGAGUCCAACUUUGCUUCCACAGUUUUCUACGCUUUUACAGCCCUACAGGAGCGUUGGCAGGAGCUAGUGGAGGACAUCGAACAAGGAAAAAUCAGCACAGCCUUGCCUCUCGAGGCCAAAGUGAGGGGCAGACUUGAAGCACUGAUGAAGCCAGACCCAGAGAGGGCUGCUCACCUCCGGGCCCACUUCCAGGAGGGUUUCAGGGGGAUUGCCAAGCGCCUUUGGCCUCAUCUCCACCUGGUGCUGGCGGUGGACUCAGGCUCCAAUCAGAUAUACGGCGAAAUCUUGAGGGAGCGUUACUGCAAAGCAGUGCCUUUCUAUUCACCAUUUUAUGCUGCCACAGAAGGUCUUAUAGGAGUGAACCUGUGGCCUCAGGAGCCCAACAAACGAUACCUGCUGUGUCCUCGCUCGAUGUUCUGCGAGUUCCUGCCAGAGCGCAGCGUGGACGAGGAGACGCCACAAACUCUGCUGAUGGAGGAGGUGAAGGAGGGAGAGAGUUACGAGCUUGUUAUCACAAACGCUGCAGGACUUUUCAGAUAUCGCAUUGGAGACAUUGUGAGAGUUGUUGGGUUCCACAACCAUUGCCCCAUCGUGGAGUUUCAGUACAGACGGGGUCAGAUGCUGAACGUUCGAGGUGAGAAAGUGUCUGAGGCGUUGUUCCUUAGUGCCUUGAAGAGAGCCGUUGCUCAGUGGCCAGGAGCUCAGCUUGUCGACUACUCCUGCGCAGAAAGUGGCAUCUUGGGAGACACAAUAGGCGGCUCAGAUCCUCAUUACCAGGUGUUUAUAGAGCUGAAAGAUGUGAGGAAUCUGACAGAGGAACAGCGAUAUAAGCUGGACAUUUGCCUUCAGCAGGGCUCUGCCGUCUACAAGUCGUUUCGUAUAAAAGGCAGCAUUGGUCCGAUGAGGGUGCAGCUAGUGGCAGAAGGUGCGUUCAGGGACCUUCGUAAGAAGAUGAUGGCCUACACAAGCACCUCAUCCAACACUUUCAAAAUGCAGCGUGUGCUGCGCAGGAAAGAAUACGCAGACUUCCUGUUGGGAAAAACAGUCUCCUGAAGUGAGACACGAUGACGUUAUGAACUGAUCUUUGAGCACUGACUGAGUUUUAUAUCUGAAGUUUUAAUAAAUGUUAAUUAUCAAAUUAAAUGGAAAUAGCUGUGCCUUUGAAAGGUGGUAAACACAAACCUUGCUUAAAGGUUUUGUCUUUAACAGCUAAUGU